AAUCAGCAUCGUCGACUACCUAUAGUCCAUUCGGUUUCGUUGAAAAAGCGAUUUAUCAGUUGGGGUACUUCCCUCGUAAGAUAUUUAGUUUUGGAGCCUUCGUCACUCUAAAAGCUACGCAGGUUUCUAAAUGCUUCUCUUGAUUAUCAGUCGUCUUCGAGUCACUCUGUGAGUUGUAGUACUUCCAGGAUGCACACAAUGCGUACGGUUGAUACUUUAGUGCUUAAAUUUGGGAAAAACGAAUAUUAUUUGAAAGAAGUAGAAUUUGUGCACGACAACAUAUGUAUAUAAACGCAUCGUUUUUAAAGUUUUUAAGCUUUUUUCUACUUACAAUUGGGUGGAAGUAUAUAGUGGAUAAGAUAUCCACCAAUUAAAGGAUCGAAAAGAGCUAAUAAAUCUAAAGAUUAAUUAAGCUAUCCAUAAUUAGCCUAAUCAGCAUAGCGGUUAUACUCAACUCAGAAUCACAACACGUCGCGUCGUGAUUGAGCAAAUGUAUUUACAUGGACCACGAUUCCUUCCGAACACGAAGAAACGCGUCAUAUGAUUGUUUAUCGGUGAUACAAGGUUUCUAAAAAAAACACGGUCACUCGUAAUGUCUAGGUUCUCGUGGUUUUAAACAACCACGAUCCACCAAACUUUUAUAAGUGAAAAAAUACUCAUCAGUGGUCAAUCCUAUGUUCAAAUAAGAAUUCUUUUAGGUUCAUACCAAUGAUCCAACGGCACAUGCCGAAAUUGUAGCUAUUCGUUCAGCUUGUUCCGAGUUGAAAACGUAUCACCUUGAUGGUUGUGUGAUUUACUGUAGUUGUGAACCUAGUCCAAUGUGUUUGGGGUAUGUGGAGUGUGGUUUCGAUGACCGUUUUAUUUAUGAAGAAUUGGCACGGGAAUUACACGAACGAAAAGUGCGCGUGACGCAAUUAUUAAAGACCGAAGGGAAAAAACCAUUUACAAUGUGGGUAUCAUCAGCAAUAAAAACUCAUUACUAG